GGUCUACAACAGUCGAAACCGGUGCUCUUCGGUGAGUGGUCGGCGCUGCCGUUGUUUUUCGUUUUUUACAAAAUCGAUUAGACAAUUUUACCGUUUCCGAUACCGCUAUAGAGCAAAAAAAUUAUUGGGGUCUAACGCGUUGAUGAUUUUUAUCUAGUAUUCGAUUCGUUUUUUUUGAAUUAUUGAAAGUUGAAUUUAACCAACUAAUAUUAGAGUCAAAAUGGAAAACGCAACGACUGACUAUUGUACUAUGUUUGCCAAGGAAGGGCUGGUGGUUGACGGAUACAUAGUGUCUCCGAAUGAAGUACAUAAACGAGCCAGCAUCAGCCAAGUAAAAGAACGAGAACUGUCAAAGAAAACUCAAGACUCCCAAUCGAACUGUAUUAAAACGUAUUCACUAUUAGAAUACCAUGAAGUGGAACCAUACUUACAAUCAAAUCCGUAUAUUACCUCAGGUUACAGAAAUAAAUUAUCAACUAAAAAGUGUAUAGAAAGUAUAUUUUGGCUAACGAAUGAAACUAUCAAUAUAUGGUCUCAUUUGUUUGGCUGGAUGUUGUUUUUUGGCUUAACUAUUUAUGAUCUUAUGAUAGUGGAUAUUCGAGCUUCUCAAUUUGACAGACUCGUUGUGGUACUUCUUCUAGGAUGUUUUCAGAUUUGUAUGAUAAUGUCUUCGAUUUAUCACACAUUUGGAUGUAAGUCUGAGAAACAUUUUCAUUGUUUUUUAUCAUUUGAUUUGUUCGGCAUUGCAAUGAGUUUAUUGGCCAUUUACUUAUCAGGAAUUUACUAUGCAUUUUGGUGUCAUUCUACGAUCCAAACAUUUUAUCUGGCUACCGUAUUUUUCAUUUUUGUUGCUUGUAUGAUUAUGCAAAUACCAAAACUUGAAGUUAGUGAUACUAUGAAAAUGGUUUCAUUUGUAGCAUGGGCAGCAUAUGGAGUCAUACCAUCAUUCCAUUGGUUCCUAAUAAUGGGAGGUUGGGAAAAUCCGUUAGUUUCUAAAUUGUUGCCGAGAAUUUUCUACAUAUAUUUUUUCAGUGCUUUGGCAUUUUUUAUAUAUGCUACUAAAGUACCAGAAAGAUUUUUUAAAGGCAAAGUGAAUUACUUUGGAUCUUCUCACCAAUGGUGGCAUUUUCUAGUCGUAUACAUCUUGUACUAUUGGCACAACACUGGCAUUUUGUACAUUGAAUACAGAAUGAACCAUAGCUGCGCUGUUAAUUUAUAACUAUAACGUUGAUAUUUAAUUGAGUUUGUGUAUAUUAUAUUUUAUUUAAAUUAUUUUUGUACCAGAUUAUUUUUGUGAUAUUCGGUUAAAAUCAAACACAUAUAUUUAUGUAUUAUGAAAUAUAUAAACUGUGAUGCAAAGUUCAUAUUAUAUUGGUUUGAUAAUUAUGUUUUCAUUAUUUAUCACUUAGGUGUAUAUUGAGGUUGAAAGAAAUAGCCAAAUUUUUGUUUUUGGUCCAUCAGCUCAAUUAUCGAAAAUUCUUUUCGAUAUAUAAUUAUUUUAAGUUAUUAUUCAAUAAACUUUAUCAAAUUUUGGUUUA